GACAGGCUGUCUCUGGUUUAUCGCGCUUUCCGUAGUCGUGUUUCCGUGGAUCUCAAAUUUGUGUUCUCUCCCCCUGUACAGACCCUCCUGGUCCCCUGCCUGUUUUACCUUGACUUUGUCGUGAGUUAGGAUAUUCGUAUGUGGACGUCGUGUAUCAUACAAAGAGGACGUGUGAGUGACUGGCGAGUGAGAAGAGGAGUUUUGGACGUGUUCACUUUUCCCUGGAUUCCCGGGAGCACCAGUUGCCCUGCACGGUUGUUUAAAGCGCCUGGUGUCACUGUAAAUAAACUCUCUUUAAUUGAAACCGUUCAGAGAUCUGCGCUCGAGUCCGCUCGUUCACCUUAACAGGAUCAGAAAUUACAAUUUAUCUUACAGUUUCUAUUCUUGGUCAUGGAUGAUUUUGUGCGAAACAAACUGACUGAAUGGAAACUAAGUGAAUGGAUUGAGGCAUUUGAAGCUCAAGAAAUUGAUGAGGAAAGUCUAUAUCAUCUUGAUGAUCAGGAAAUUAAUCAAUUGAUCACAAAAGCUGGACCUAGAGUGAAAUUCAACAAUAAACUAAAGCUGUUAAAGGAAGAGCAAAAUACAACUCAACCACAAAAGCAAGCAGUUAAUAUUUCUGUUGAAGAUUCGCCAUCCAAAAGUGAAAAGGAAAUCCAAAAAAGAAAGAGAAAGUCAGAUCAUCUUCAGGGUGAGUUCAGCCAAUGGCAACCAGCUCCUAAACAACAAUACAACUGUACAGCAGGAUCACAGUCAGAAACAGAAAUACUGUCUGAUGUCAAAGACAUAAUGAAACAUGUCAGUGAAGGACUACAUGGCCGUGACAAGCUCAGUGCUUUCCUAAAGGAUAAAACCAAGGAUCUGGAGACAGAAAAGAGGCACCUGGUUGGUGUCUUUGGUAAAACUGGGGCUGGAAAGAGCUCUUUAAUCAAUGCCAUCAUAAAUAAGAAGGGCCUGUUGCCUUCUGGAAGUGUCAGUGCAUGUACCUCAGUAAUGAUAAAGGUGGAGGCUACCAGUGGAUCAAAGUAUGAGGCACACAUCGAGUUCAUUACAAAAGAGGAUUGGAAAAGUGAGUUGAAGUCACUAAAAGAGGUUCUUGAAGACAACGACGAUAAUGAUGAUGAUGAUGAUGAUGAUGAUGAUGGUGGUGGUGGUAAUGAUGACUUUUUUGAUGCUGAUGAAAAGUUAUCAGCGCUGUAUGGAGAAGAGUGGAAAGAAAGAUCCCCUCACAACCUCAUGGACAACAAAUAUUUCAUAGAUAUUCCAGAGUUUCGAACAUCCAAGACAAAAAUUUUGAAAAGUGACUCAGCUGAAGGGUUGUCUGAAAAAUUUGUGAAAUACACAAGAAGUGAGUCAAAUGAGACAGAAGAAGUAAAGAGGUGGUACUGGCCGCUUGUGAAGUGUGUGACUGUCAAAGUGCCAGACAAUGAUUUUCUUGAUCAUGUCACACUUGUGGACCUUCCUGCAAAUGGUGACUCUAACAGAAGCAGAGAUAGAAUGUGGACAGGGUUUGUUGCCAGUUGUUCAGCUGUCUGGAUUGUGACUGAAAUGAAUCAAGCAGCAUCAGAAAAAGAAGCCUGGGAGAUCCUGGAAAAUGCCAGUAGCCUGCUGGGAAAUGGUGGCGAGUGUCAGCAAAUUCAUUUUAUCUGCACCAAGUCAGAUCAUGAAAACCCAGAUGAUCUAAAGAAAAUCAAGAGUGCAGUGAUGAAUGAAUUCAAAAGGCGGAAAUUAAUUAAGAAUCACUUCAGUGAGGAUAGUUUCAAAGUCUUCACAGUGAGCUCCACAGAGUUCCUUAAAGGGGAGAAUGCAAAUCCAGAUCACAAUGAAAUACCAAAACUUAAGGAAAUUUUGAAAAAUCUAAAUGACACUCAUUCAGAGACCUUAAACUAUGUGUCUGGAGCUUAUGGAAUUCUGUCUUUGAUUCAAGGAGCCACAAUAAGAGAAGUGGUUGAACAAAAAAACGAUCUGUAUGAUCUCCUUGAGGGGAAGUUGUUCAUCCAACUUAAUCAAGUCAAAAAAGCAAUUGAAAAAAUUAUAAAAGCUUUUGAACAACGCCUAAGUGAGGGAGUUGAAAAAUCCCAAAAUUUAUGUGAAAAAAAACUGAAGUCCUUCUUACACCCCAGUAAAAUGAGUGACGGAGCUUUUCACAGGACACUAAAGUCUGCAGUUAGGAAUGAUGGGAUCCAGAAACCAAAAAAAGGAAAACCAAAAAACCUCAACGUGACUUUAGCAUCUUACUUGACUGAAAGCAUUGAUGAAAAAUUCAGAAAGACCUUCCCAAAUGACGUAAAAUGUGGACAUUUUAAUGGCGCCAUCGAUGCGUUUUCACUCAGCACUGAUUCAUUGAUUGAAAAGUACAAAGAUGUUGAACUGCAAUUGAUAUUUCUCCAGACAGAGGAAAAGAAAAUAAAGGCAAAGCUCAACAAAACCAUCCUCACACAAAAGAAACUGAUCUACAACAGUCUGACAGAGACAAUCAAGGAUAAUAUGAAAAAAUGCUAUAGAGAAGCAGCAGCAUUUGAAGGACGAGGCACCCUGAAGAAGAUGAGACACACUAUUGAAAGGCAUGUGCACUCAAGGAAGUACAUGUUUGAAGAGGCAAAAAAUGCCAUGUUGGAGCAGUUGAGCGAUUUGAAGGAAACUGUUCUGAGGACACUGGAGAACACCAUGAAGGAAUCCAUUGACUUCUCACUCAAGACUGAGACCUGCUCAUUGCCAGAUGUUUCAGAUCAUCUUCAGGUGGUGAAGAAACAUUAUGAUGAACUUAAUGGCGGUCAAGAUGAAAAAAAAACAAACCAUACUGUGUAAAUCUUAAAAUCUCACAAAUUGUUUAAAGGGCUUUGAUCAUGAACUAUUUUGCUUAUUACUGUGAACAAUGUGUUUAUUUACAAUACAACUGAUCCAUCCAGAAGCUGAUGUGAUUUGCUCCACAGAAACAGCUGAGGCCUGAUGACCCACAGAACAUCCCUGAGGAAACACUGAUAGAGACAGGAGGUCUUUAGAUACUGUCACAAUAAUAUUUGUUUUGCUCUCUUUUAAUUUUAUGUUGAUGUGUACUUUUGACUUUUAAUGAAUUUUAUACACAGAGCAUUUGAAUAUUAUAGAUAUUAAUUAAAACUGCUUAUUAACUAAGAUAUUAGGUAAAACUGCUAAUAAUAAGGUGUUAAUCACAAGGGUCUAAAUCAUGCUUUGAUUUCUUUCUUUUUUAAAAAAAAAAAAAAAUGCAGUAUGUUUUUGAUCACUUGUAGCAGAGCGUAAAGGCAUGUAAUGCAUUUCCCCAUUCAAACCUGAGAUUUAUGGUUUUAAUUGUAAGAGUCUGAGCUUACGGUUUCCAAAAGCAUUUUGAUUUUGUUGCAUGUUUUAAAUAUCAUAAUUUAAUGUUUUAAGUUGAUGUGUAUACUCUUGGUUCAUUUGGAUGGGAGCAUUUAUUUUAAUGUAAUACUUAUCAGUUAAACAUUAAGCCUUAUCCAACACAGAAAUGAUAUUUAACACUUUUACUUCAUACUUCUAAAUACAAAUACUUGUUUUUUGGUUUUGUUUUUUUGUUUUUUUUUGCAGUUAUAGCAUGUGUGUAAAUGACAAAUAGUGAGAAAUAGGUGUAAGUAAAGCUGUAGAAAAUUAUCAGCUACUUCUGUCAUCUCCCUGCCAUAUUGCUUUUUUUGGGUUUGGAAUUAUCGAUGAAUAUAUUACAGUUUGGGUUUAGGUUGAUGGUUUUUUUGUGUUAUUUUUUAUUAUUAUUUUAAGUGUAUUACAUUUUAUUUACUUCUGUGCACAUUUCUGAAUUCCUGCUUUGAUUUUUUGUUUUCAUUAAGUCUCUCGAGUUUCCUCCCCCGACAAUGUGUUUUGAAUUUUAUUAUGGCAUAUAUACCUGUAUACACUAGACAUGUAAUUAUAGUUACUCUCAUAAAUUGUGUUUAAUAACAUAUACUCAUAUAUACUAUGCAUACUCACAAUGAAGGGUUUAUAUAGUGGAGUCACUGUGUUAAGCAUCUAACGUGCAUGUUCAAAUCAUAUGACCCAUAUAUUUAGGUUAAAUAUAUCUACCAUGCGCUUUAGGGUCGGGGAACGGGUCCUGAC